AUGAGGUGUCCGGUCGGCCUUCAUAUCUUCAACCCUGAUUUAGCUGCUCGGAUGGCUACGCUGGUCGGCGAGCAUUAUAGCUUGGACCGGACACGGCAACAGCCAUCGCGGGACCGUCGUGAGGAAGCGAUACAUUUGUUUCGCGAGGGUAUUGACGAGAUUCGCAGCAAUCUCUUAAAUGCUGAGCCCGUUGCUGAGCCCGCUGAUGAGCCUGCUGACGAGCCUCCUGCCGACUCACCUGCCGCAUUGCCGGUAGCCCAGCCCGCACCCCAGCCCACGAAGCGCAAGAACAACCACCUCGGUGCCCGUCAAAACGGCACAACGUACCUGGAGGCCGCCAGUAAGUUGUUUUGGCGGUGGAAAAAGGACGGCCACCGGCCAACUGUCAAUGAGAGGGUGUACCUCCGUGACGUCUGUGGUGUUCGACUCACCAACGCGUUUGACGGGGUAGACGGCCGAUAG